AUGCGGUUGUCGCAGGCGCCUGCUCCGGCCGAGAGCCUCCUCUCCCAGGUCCGCUCCGCGCUGAGCCUCGACGACCAGGUUUGCACCGACCUGCUCGAUGGCACCGAGGACCUCGAGUCUCUCCAGGGGCUGAGCCUCGACGCCGUCCGCCGGCGGCCGGCGCAGCUUCGUGCGAUGCAGGUCGGGCUCGAGGCGCAGCUGCUGGGCCUCGCGAGCGGCCCGGGCACGUCUGGCUUCGUCGAGGCGGCCGAGUGCGCCGCCGAGGUGCGCGAGCGGACGGCCGCGAUGCUCGACGCCGCCGUCGCCCUCGGUGCGGCUCUGCCCGCCGUCGGCCGGGCGAGCAGCGCGCUGUUCCGCGACGCGCGCGAGGGCUCCGGCGCGCGCGCCAAGCUGGGCGUCCUCUCCGACUGCCACGACGACCUGGUCGAGCUCCUCGAGCAGCCGCAGCUCGCCGCGUCUGCCGUGCGGAAUGGCCUGUACAGCGAGGCGCUCGAGCUCGACGCCGCCGCCGCCGCGCGCGCGGCGAUGCACCCGGCGAUCCCGGCGCUGCAGCGCGUCGCCGCCGGCGUGCGCGCCUCACUCGGCGAGCUGCGCCACCGCCUCCUCCUUCGCCUCUCGGAGCCGCUCACGCUGCCAGAGGCGCUGCACAUCGUCGGCCUGCUGCGGCGCCUUCCGCCCCCGCACGCGCUCUCCGAGCCGCAGCAGCGCUCCGCCUUCCUCCGCGGCCGCGCCGCCUACCUGGACAAGGCGGUGGCUGCCCUCCCGCCCGAGGACACGGAGCCGGUCGACUAUUUGCUGCGCCGCCUCGAGCUCUGCCGCGUCCAUUGGCACGAUACCUGCGUCCAGUUCCGCGCCCUCUUCUUCUCCUCAGCGGAGCUCUCGCCGCUCGAGCUGGCGCACGGGGACCGCCUCUCCGGGGCGAUGCUCAGCGGGUGGGGCGUGGCGUGUGUCGAGGCGCUGCUGCUCCUCGUGCGCCGUGUGCUGCCGCGCGUGCACGACGGCGCCUAUCUGGCCUCGCUCUCGGAGCAUGCCGCCUACGCUUGCGCUUCCCUCGGCCGCGUCGGCCUCGACGCCUCUGCGCUGCUGCGGCCUCUCUUCGUCGAGGCGGCGCUCCGCAUCUUCGGCGCCGCGCUCCGCUCCGCCACCGACCACUGGGCGCGCGCCAUCACCUCCGUCCACUGGGCGGCGCCACCCGCCUCCGCCGCCGCCGUCAGCGCGCUCUCCGCGGGCAGCGGGGCGCGCGCAGUCGACGCCGGCAACGGGCAGCCGGCCGCGGAGCCGGCCGACGAGGCGGCGGCGGCGGCGGCGGCCCCUCCUCCGCCCGCCUCGCUCCUCCGCUUCGUGCCCUUGGCGGUCCUGUGCAACCAGCUGAUGGCGGCCUUCAACCAGCUCCGCCCUUGCGCCGCGCACGAGUUGCGCGCGCCGGUGGCGACGGCGCUCGCCGAGGCGCUCGCCGAGUGCGCGCGCGGCUUGGCGCGCUGCGCGCCGCGCGCCGCCGCCGCGGGGGAGCACGGCGCGGACCACCACGCGCAGAUGCGAGCCGCCCUCCAGGGCGAGCUUGCGCCGCACCUCGCCGCCUGCCUCGACGCCCUGCUGCCGCAGUGGACGCCGCCCGAUGCGCUCGGUGUACGGCAGCAGAGCGGCGCGCCUUUGGCGCCCGACGGCCUGACCACUUCGCUCCUCUCGCUCGCGCGCGAGGCGGGAGAGACGCCGGAGCUGUGAGAGUGUGUGUGGUGUGCGCAGCGGCGCGCACCCCGUCCCCGACGGCUCCAAACAAUCGCGUUUACGUAUAUGUGCGCGCCUGUGCGUCUCCUUGCCUCGGCGUGGACACUCGGGUGCGACUGACGACUGUGUGGUCUGUGCGAGCUGCGAGUCUGAGAGCGAGUGCGACGUGCGCGGCGACCUUUUCUUCGGCGUUUUUAGAC